AUGACUCAACUGAGUCUGUCCGCCGAAGACUGCAGACGCAAAUAUAUUGCCAGAUGUUUAUUCCGGAAGCUAGCACGAGAUAACCGGUUCUGCUCUUUUGAGCAUGGUCCUUUCAAGCUUUUUUGUGACGAUUUCCGCCCCGCAAAUGUACUAGCAGAUUCUCAAUCCGGCUUUAAAGCGGUUGGCGCGAUUGAUUGGGAAUACACAUAUGCUGCCCCAGCCGAGUUUGUGUAUAGCCCCCCAUCCUGGUUAUUGCUAGAACGCCCAGAAUACUGGAAAGAGGAUCUCGAUAACUGGACACAACUUCAGAAGCGAGAGCAAGAGUCGAUCGAACGCGGGAUCCUCACAGAAGAUGAUCGUCUUUCACAACGUAUGUUGGAAAGCUGGCAGACUGGGGAUUUCUGGGUGUAUUAUGCUGCGAGAAGAAGCUGGGCAUUUGAUAUGCUGUAUUGGGCGAAGAUUGACCGCCGGUUCUUCGGAGGUGGAGAUUUAAUGGACAGAUUUCAACUACUAACUCGAGAAGAGAGAGACUCUAUGGAUGAGUUCGUACAGAGGAAGCUUUUGGAGAAAGAACAACGCACCCUAAGAGGCUGA